AGAAUCAUGAACAGCAACUACAGCGUCUCCCUGGGUGGCCCCGCCCCCUGGGGCUUCAGACUGCAGGGAGGAAAGGACUUCUGUCUGCCCCUCACUAUCUCACGGCUGACCGAUGGGGGCAAAGCAGCCAAAGCCAAAAUGAGUGUGGGAGAUGUAGUUCUGUCUAUCGACGGAAUCGUCACCAGCGGCAUGAACCACCUGGAGGCCCAGAACAAGAUCAAAGCCUGCACUGACAACCUCAACCUCACGCUGCAGAAAGCUUCCAGUGUUCCCAAGGCUGAUACAACAAAGGACGAGCCACUGGAGAUCAUUAAGCCUGUGCCAAUCACCCAUCCAGCGCCGCCCUUCACCAGCCCCUCCCCCCAACCCGGUGCUGCCUACAACAAGACGGCCCGCCCCUUUGGCGGGGGCAGCAAUGUGGGUGCAGUCACUUCCUCCCUGACCGCCCCAAAGGUGGCCUCCAUCCCCUCUGCAUCGUCUGCUUUCACCCCUGCCGCCCCCUCCUCCCAGCAGCCCCAGCCUCCCUUCCCACUAGCUAGCCGCUCCCGCUCCCCAGCCCCACCAAGCACGGCCCCACCCCCCAGACCCGGCUCUGGCCGUUCCCCCUUCACCACCCCCUCCUCUUCUUCCUCAUCCUCCCCGGCCAGAGUGACAGCCCCCUCCUCCAAUCCCGGUGCUCCGCAGUCCUCUUGCUAUAACACGCCAAUAAACCUGUACUCCAAUGCCAAUGCCUGUGAGGUGGCCAUAGGACAGAGGCGGGGCCUGUUGGAAGCCCAGGGUGUGGUGGUCGACCAGCACAAAGAACAGUUUAAUGGAGUCCCCCCAAAGACUGGCCCUAGGAGGAACAGAGUUGAACCAGAGUUGACCCACGCCUCGCCCCUCAGCGAGGCCAGUAAGAAGCGUCUGAUCGAGGACACAGAGGACUGGCAUCCUCGCACCGGAACCUCCCAAUCCAGGUCCUUCAGAAUCCUGGCUCAGAUCACCGGCACAGAGAAAGACCAAGCCCAGGAGAACAGCGCUGGAAAGAAUAAAGUUGUUGAGAAUGCCCAGCCCAGUGGCCACAUCACAACAUCAGUGAAGACCAUGACCAAAGUCCCAGGAGCCCCCAGGAAUGGCAGCAGUGUCCCGCCACCCACCUUCAAGACCCCGUCUGCCCAGGUCAAAUCCUCCUGGCCAGCUGGAGGCUCAGCAGGUUUCUCUAAGGGUGGCGCUGCGCCCUCUUUUGGGAAGGUCAGCAACACUGCACCAGUACCCACAGUACCCAAAGUUUCUGACCGCCCUGCCCCCCAGGCGCACCCUAAGGACCAGAACUCCCUGGUACAGCGGGCCGAACACAUCGCAGCGGGAACACGCACCCCCAUGUGUGGCCACUGUGACAAGGUCAUCAGAGGUCCUUUCCUGGUGGCCAUGGGCAUGUCCUGGCACCCUGAGGAGUUUAACUGUUCCCACUGCCACAUGUCUCUGGUGGAGUCUGGCUUCGUGGAGGAGAGGGGAACAGUAUACUGUGCUCACUGCUAUGAGAAGUUCUUUGCCCCUACUUGCACCAACUGCAAGCAGAAGGUCCUGGGGGAAGUCAUCAAUGCCCUGAAGCAGACAUGGCAUGUGUACUGCUUCCUGUGUGCGUCCUGCCAGCAGCCAAUCGGAAACAACACCUUCCACCUGGAGGACGGGCUGCCAUACUGUGAAAGAGACUACUAUCAACUCUUUGGUACCAGUUGCCAUGGUUGCGACUUUCCCAUCGAGGCAGGAGACAAGUUUCUGGAGGCGUUGGGAUUCACCUGGCAUGAUACCUGCUUCGUGUGUGCAGUCUGCAACACCAGUUUGGAGGGCCAAGCCUUCUUCUCUAAAAAGGACAAGGCUCUGUGCAAGAAACAUGCCAAUACAGUCCAGAUCUGACCCACCCUCAGGAGUGAAGAACAGAGUUGUUGAUAUUUUUGGUAGUUUUAAAAGAUUGAUUUACCUGAUAAUGACUUUUAUUAACAUAUGUUUAGUUAUGGGGAGUUAAGCUUUAUUUCAUCUUCUCUGAUGUAUCUGUGUGUGUGUGUGUGUGUGUGUGUGUGUGUGUGUGUGUGUGUGUGUGUGUGUGUGGUUUACCAUUCACCGCUUGUGCCAUAUAAAAGGGGAAAAUAUUUUGCUAAAAUUAAGGUAUGAAAAAGUACCUAGUGUAUUCUCUACCGAUUUAGAUUCAUUAGAUAUUUGAAGAUUUGUUAAAGUCAGACAAAGUGCAUGAUGGGAGAAAGUAUGUUGACUUGAAGGGAGGUAUGAUUUUUCAUGAAAUAUCUGAUUGAAAUGUUCUUUACAUACAGUACAAGAAUAUCCUGUAGUUAGGUGAACACGUAAGGUAGUGAUACUCAAGUAGCGGCCCGGGGCCACAUCUGGCUCAUCAUGACAUUUCUUGAAGCCCUCAACAUCCACUACAUAUGAUACCUUAGCAUGUAUAGUAGUUAGUCUAAUUAAAGUCUUAUUUUAGUAUAUAAUGGGGACCUUAUCAAAUUAAUUAAUCAGUGGACAGAUUCAAAUCAAUUAUCACCUUAUUGAAAAAUGUGUUGUUGAGAACAACUGCCCCCCUCAUCUGUCUCUGUCUGUCUCUCUCUCUGCUGGUCUGUUUGAAUCUGUAGACAGAUCUGUAUUUAUCCUGGUAGUAUAUUUAUUGGGGCUGGAGGGAUGUAGGAAUGUACUGUAUUUUGGGCUUUCUAGGGUCAGUUGCACAUAGUGGUUUACUGACAAAGUCAGACGGUCAGGACAGACAGCUGUUAUUUUAUUAGCAGUAGGGGUUUUCUGACUUUAUUGUUGUAUUGAUUUUUCAAAGUAUUUUUAUGGAUUCAAUUUCCAUACAUUGUUAACCUAAACUUAUACACCAUUUUGCCUUUGCUGCCACUGAUUAAUGCUUGCCUGUGUGGUGUUUAUUGGUGUAAUUCAUUCCAUUACCAAUCGUAUUUUCCAUGAUGUUACUCAUCCAAACUACAGAAUAAAAAAAUGUUACCAUUUUUCUCUACAUCUCUACAAUGUCAGUGUUAUUGUGAUUUGUAUUAUGCCUUUGUGGGAAGAACACCAUUGUAUUGAGAAAUACAGUACAUUCAUCCAAGUGUAUUGUUCUUCUAUUUGUAAAAAAUAAAACUACAAUUUCAUAAAAAGUC